UCCCCAGUGAAGCCUGUAGUCCCUGUACAGUGCCACGCUCUGGCUGACAUCAUUCUGGUCCUGGACUCGUCUGGAAGCAUCCAAGCGUCAGGCAAAGACAACUACCCUACUAUGCUUCAGUUUGCCGCCAACCUCACAGAACAGUUUACCCUGGGCCCAGACGACAUCAGAUUUGGCGCCGUUGUCUUCAGCGAAGUAGCAAAGAAGAUGUUUGACCUCAAAGAUUAUUCGAAUCAUUCAGCUCUUUCUAAUGCAAUCACAUCUGCACCGUACUUAAAUUCAGUAACGUACACCAACAAAGCGUUCGAUAUGGUCAGGAACGGUAUGUUCAGUGGGGCUAACGGAGGUCGCCAAAAUGCCAGCAAGAUCGUCAUUUUGUUUACUGAUGGACAGUCUACCGAACAAUCUGAUACCCUUGCCGCAGCUGUCAAACUCAACGACACUGGAGUCCGCAUCAUCUCUAUCGGAAUCGCCGACGCCGACGAGGACGAACUGGACAGCAUCUCCAACCCAGAGGACGUGUUUCUUGUGGCAGGGUUUGAUGCCCUGCAACAUAUACAGAACUCACUGACCACCAGAACUUGUGACGUUCCCACCAAAAAGGAGGACCCAGUUGUACAGGACAAGUGCACGGCCAAGGCAGACAUCGUAUUUGUGAUGGACUCAUCUGGCAGCAUCGGCUCCCACCACUACAAGACCCAGCUGGAGUUUUUAGCCAACAUCACUGACAGUUUCACAGUGGGACCGAACGACGUCCAAUUUGGCACUGUGGUUUUCUCAAGCGAUUCCCGCGUCCUCUUUUAUUUGAACAACUUCACCAACCAUGCUGACAUAAGGAACGCGAUCAUGAAAGCUCCUUUCCUGUCUUCGGUGACGUAUACGAAUCUGGGCCUGAAAUUGGCGCGAGAACAAGUUCUGUCCCCUAGUCACGGUGCUCGCCCAAACGUUACAAAACUGGUCAUCGUCAUCACAGACGGCGAGUCGACCAACCCAGACCAGACUCACAGCGAGGCCGCCCGCCUGAAAGCGACAGGGGCACAAGUUUUGGCCAUUGGUGUCGGAGACCAUACGAGACGCUCUGAGCUAGAGGACAUCGCGUCUGCAGCCGACAACGUCAUUGAAGCGGCCGGUUACACUACACUGGAUUCCAUCGGGAAGCUAGUGGGAAAGCAGGCGUGUAAGACAGCGGCCCCAGCCCCUAUGUGUCACGCUUUGGCUGACAUUAUCUUCCUCCUGGAUUCUUCUGGAAGUAUCGGUAAGGACAACUAUGCCAAACAGCUAAAGUUUGCCGCCAACAUGACACGACAGUUCAGACUGGGUCCGAAUGACGUCAGGUUUGGCGUUGUAUUGUUCGGAGACGCAGCUCACGGACUCUUGGACUUAGAUGAUUAUGACGAUCACACAGCUCUGUCUAAGGCGAUCGUAUCUGCACGCUACCUGGACGAAAGAACGUUCACAAAUUUGGGUCUGGAUUACAUAAGGAAUGGUCUCUUCGACUCCUCCCAUGGUGGUAGAGACAACGCGUCCAAAAUCGUCAUCGUUAUGACAGAUGGAGAAUCCACGGAGCCAACCAACACCCAGGCUUCCGCUCGUCUACUGAGGGCCGAUGGUGUCCGAAUCAUCACCAUCGGCAUUGCCGACGCGGACUUGAAGGAACUGCAGGAUAUGUCCACCUCUCAACAGGAUGUGUUCCAAGUGGCGGGAUUCGAUGCCCUAGAUAAGAUCCAACAUUCUGUGGCCAAUCGAACCUGUGAAGAUCAUGUGACCCUAUCAAAACCAGAUGUAAGGUGUAGGUCUGAAGCAGACGUGAUCUUUGUCAUGGACUCCUCCGGAAGUAUUGGCACCAAGGACUACGCUAGACAACUCCAGUGGGCGGUGAACCUGACCGACAACUUCCAGCUGGGUUCAGGGGACAUGCAGUUCGGGGCGGUCAUCUUUUCAGACACCGCUCAGAAACUGUUUGACUUGAACAAAUACUCGGAUCAUGUACAUCUGUCCCAGGCGUUGACGUCUGCCUCGUACAUGGCGUCUCUCACCCGCACUGAUCUGGGCCUGUCCACAGUCAAAACGGACGACAUGUUCGAUCCGACUCACGGAGGCAGACAGAACGCCACCAAGAUUGUUGUGCUGCUCACGGACGGGAACUCAGAUUUCCCAGACAGUAUUGUUUUUGUUCCAGACCAGGCGUUGACGUCUGCCUCGUACAUGGCGUCUCUCACCCGCACUGAUCUGGGCCUGUCCACAGUCAAAACGGACGACAUGUUCGAUCCGACUCACGGAGGCAGACAGAACGCCACCAAGAUUGUUGUGCUGCUCACGGACGGGAACUCAGAUUUCCCAGACAGUACUUAUAGAGAGGCGGAGGCCCUUAAAGACACCGGCGUCCGUAUCGUCACCAUCGGAGUAGGCAGCGCGGACCAAUCAGAACUGAGGAAAGUGGCCAGUGGGCGGGGCGAUGUGUUCAUGAUCAGCGACUACAGCGCUCUCCACACCGUGCAGGAAGCGGUCGCUAGCAUCACCUGUGAACCUCCUGCACCUCCAAUUGAGAGACUGGGACUGACGUGCAAGACGGUGGCCGAUAUUGUAUUCGUCCUGGACGCUUCUGGCAGCAUCGACGACGUCGAGUGGGCCAAGGUCCUCAAUUUUGCCGCCAGCCUCACCACCACUUUCGUGCUGGGGCCGAAUGACAUCCAGGUGGGCGCUAUUGCCUACUCAGACGACGCCCAAGUGGAGUUUGACUUGGAUGACUAUGUCACAAAUACCGGUCUUUACGCGGCCCUAGAAAAGAUCCCAAACCAACUGGGCUACACGUACACAAACGAGGCGUUGGACUUGGCAGAAAUGAAACUAAACGAUACGUCAUUUGGUGCUCGUGACGAAGUCCCCAAGCUUGUGCUCGUCAUCACUGACGGCCUGUCCUCAGACAAAGUGGCAACUUCUAGAGAGGCCGAGUCCAUGAAGGCAGCCGGCACCAUACUGAUGGCUGUGGGAGUGGAGUCUGCACACAGACCAGAACUGGAACAGAUGGCUACCUCUCUACAAGAUAUAUUUGAAGUCGACGAUUUCGACGCACUCAGGGCCAUACGGCUUGAUGUGGCCAAUAAAACGUGCCAAAAUGUGCCCCCUCCACCCCCAACUACAGCCCCUCCCACCACACCCCCUCCGAUUAUCUGCCAGUCGAAGGCCGAUGUGCUGCUAGUGUUAGACACGUCAUACAGUGUUGACGACAGCGAGUGGGUACAAAUGCUCAACUUCACCUCCCGACUCACGGACAGCUUCAAGAUAGGGCCGGAUGCCAUCCAGGUCGGAGCUCUUACCUUCUCGAACGACGUCUACCCACAGUUCUCCUUCAACAGCUAUACCAACAACGCUGACGUGCAGCAAGCUGUUCUCAAGCUGCCCAAGUCCCAAGGCGCCACCUACACGGGAAAAGCUCUGGAAAUGGCGCGAAAACAGAUUGAUGACACCAGUCUGGGAGCAAGGCCAAAUGUAACUAAAAUUGUUGUGGUCGUCACUGAUGGCGCGUCAACGGUCAAGCAACACACUGUCGAAGAGGCUAAACUGCUCAAAAACGCAGGAGCUGUGGUUCUCGCUAUUGGUAUUCAGGGUGCUGACAGAACCGAGCUGGAGACUAUCGCGUCAGAAGACAAUGACGUGUUUGAGGUCACGAACUUUGACGCGCUGUCCAAUAUACUGAAAGGAGUGGCCAAUCAGACCUGUGAAAACGUGCAGUUGUUGUUUUCUGUACCGUCACACAAACAAAGUAUGCGCCAAACUAUUCUUGUGCAGGCCAUCAAAGGGGCGUUUUACAUGGCGUCCACAACGGACACAGACAUUGCCCUGAACCUGGUCGGUGACGGAAUGUUUGACUCGGAAAAUGGAGGACGGGACGACGCCGCCAAAGUUGUCAUUGUCAUGACGGACGGACGCUCUGAUAAUGUGGACAAAACCAAAGCAGCUGCAGAAAAGCUCAGGAAGUCCGGGAUAAUGAUUAUCUCCAUCGGAAUCGCCAACGCGAACCCCCAAGAGCUGAAAGACAUCGCUUCGACUCCUGAAGACGUGUUCCAAGUGGCUGGCUUUGACUCGCUGCAUGAAAUUGGGGAAGAUCUGGCGAUUAAGACAUGUGCAGCUGUGCCAACCUCACGAGAACGAGCGUGUACUCCUCUAGCCGACAUCAUCCUGGUCAUGGACUCCUCUGGAAGUAUCAACAGCGGAGAUUCCGGGAACUACGACCGACAACUGGAUUUUGCCGCUACCCUGACAAAGAACUUUGACCUGGGGCCUGAUGAUGUCCGUUUUGGUGGCGUCAUUUUCUCGGACACAACAGAGAAACUCUUUGAUUUGAAGGAUUAUUCUGAUCAUAAGAACCUGUCAAAGGCAAUCACAGGAGCCAGAUAUAUCCAGUCUACAACAAAAACGGACCUGGCACUGAACUUAGUGGAUAAUGGAAUGUUUGAUACUGUCAACGGCGGCCGGGACAACGCUCAGAAGAUUGUUAUUGUCAUGACAGAUGGACAGUCAGAUGAUAUGCAGAAGACAAAGGCAGCAGCUGAAAAACUUAAAAAGAAAGGAGUGACCAUCAUUGCUAUUGGAAUUGCCCACGCAAACACACAUGAUCUUGAGAACAUCGCUUCUGGGUCUGAAAACGUGGUCCAAGUUUCUGAUUUCCACGCUCUUGACAAAAUAGAACAUGUUGUGACCAACAGAACGUGUGAGGCGCCGACGCCACCGCCCCGUGUGUGUACUCCUCUGGCUGAUAUCAUCCUGGUCAUGGACUCCUCUGGAAGUAUCAACAUGGGAGAUUCCGGGAACUACGACCGACAACUGGACUUUGCCGCUAACCUGACUAAGAACUUUGACCUGGGACCUGACGAUGUCCGUUUUGGAGGUGUCAUUUUCUCGGACAUAGCAGAGAAACUUUUUGAUCUAAAGGAAUACUCUGAUCAUAACAGUUUGUCAAAGGCCAUCAAAGCUGCCAGGUACAUCAGAUCAACAACGAGAACGGACCUGGCUCUAAACAUGGUGAAAAACGGAAUGUUUGACACUGCUCACGGUGGGCGGGACAACGCUCAAAAGAUUGUCAUCGUCAUGACAGACGGACAGUCGGAUAAUAUGCUGAUCACAAAAGAGGCUGCGCAGAAGCUUAAAGAUGCUGGAGUGACCAUCAUUGCUAUUGGAAUUGCUCACGCAAACGCACUAGAUCUUGAGAACAUCGCUUCAGGGUCUGAAAACGUGAUCCAAGUUUCUGAUUUCCACGCUCUUGACAGAAUAGAGCAUGUGGUGGCCAACAGAACGUGUGAGGCACCGACGCCACCGCCUCGAGCGUGUACUCCUCUGGCUGAUAUCAUCCUGGUCAUGGACUCCUCUGGAAGUAUCAACAACGAUGAUUCCGGGAACUACGACCGACAACUGGACUUUGCCGCUAACCUGACAAAGAACUUUGACCUGGGACCUGAUGAUGUCCGUUUUGGAGGUGUCAUUUUCUCGGACACAACUGAGAAACUCUUUGAUCUAAAGGAUUACUCUGAUCAUAACAGUUUGUCAAAGGCCAUCAAAGCUGCCAGGUACAUCAAGAGAACAACAAGAACGGACCUGGCUCUGAACUUGGUGAACAACGGAAUGUUUGACACUGCUCACGGUGGGCGAGACAAUGCUCAGAAGAUUGUUAUCGUCAUGACAGACGGACAGUCGGAUAAUAUGCAGAGCACAAAAGAUGCUGCUCAGAAGCUUAAAGAUGCCGGAGUCACCAUCAUUGCUAUUGGAAUUGCCGGGGCCAACGCUCAAGAACUUGAGAACAUCGCCUCAGGGUCUGAAAACGUGAUCCAAGUUUCUGAUUUCCACGCUCUUGACAAAAUAGAACAGGUGGUGGCAAACAGAACGUGUGAGGAGCUAGCCCGUCCUUCCCUACCCCCUCCCAAGUGUACCCCUCUGGCCGACAUCAUCCUGGUCAUGGACUCCUCUGGAAGUAUCAACUACGCAGAUCCCGGGAACUACGACCAACAACUGGACUUUGCCGCUAACCUGACACAGAACUUUGACCUGGGACCUAACGAUGUCCGUUUUGGUGCUGUCAUUUUCGCGGGUGACAUCAACAAACUCUUUGAUUUGAAAGAUUAUUCCGAUCACAAAAGCUUGACUAAAGCCAUAAAAUCAGCACGGUUUAUUGGAACAACCACAAAUACUGACAAGGCUCUGGAUUUGGUUGGCAAAGGGAUGUUUGACACUGUCAACGGAGGAAGGGACAAAGCUCAGAAGAUAGUCAUCAUAAUGACUGAUGGCGCAUCUAAUAGCAAUAGUCUAACUAAGAGAGCCGCCGACGCAUUGAAAAAGCAGGGAGUCACCAUCAUAUCCAUUGGUAUCGCCCACGCCAACGCACAAGAACUGGGAGACAUCGCGUCUGGGCCCGAUGACGUGUUCCAAGUGGCGGGGUUCAGCGCUCUAAACAAAAUAACGAGCACCGUCGCGGACAGGACUUGUGAUGUUGUUCAGUCGCCGAAAAUUAUCUGCACUCCCAAAGCGGAUGUGAUUCUCGUCAUGGACUCGUCUGGCAGCAUUAACUUAGACAAUUCCGACAACUACGACCACCAACUCCAGUUUGUCGCUAACCUCACCGAAAACUUCAAGCUUGGCCCUCAAGAUGUCGAGUUUGGGGCUGUUAUCUUCGGUACCGACGCAAAGAAAUUGUUUGAUCUUAACGACCACACUAACCACAACUCUCUGUCUCAGGCUUUGCUGUCAGCCCCGUAUUUGGACUCAAACACUCACACAGAAAAAGCUCUCAGUCUCGUGAAUCACGGAAUGUUUGACUCAAGUAACGGUGGUCGGGCGGAUGCCUCAAAGAUCGUUAUUGUGCUCACGGAUGGACAGUCCAUGUACCCAUCCGACAUUGAAGCUUCGAAUGCACACUCGAAAAGGGCACCUGUUGUUUUCGAAAUCUCUUCCAGCAGCAGUGAAGAAGAGAUAUUUUUGCCUUUCCGGCUGGAUUGAAGUCAAUUUCUGACAGGACGCAGACAUCGAAAAUUAUUAUUUUGCUCAAAGAGUGAAGACCCUUUGGCGCAGUCAUAAUAUAGACAGAUCGUUGCUGUAUGAUCUGAAAUAAAUGUUUGUAUUGCAAACCUC